UGUUCCACUUUUCUCUCUCAGCUCCAACCUUAGCCGUUUUCCUGAUUCAUUUUCAUAAACCUGACUGAUUAGCUCUAGUAAUUUUUACGUCUAGCGUUUUGUUUUCGUCUCAUUAGUACGCCUUCCUUCGCGCAUGAUUGAUUACAACUACAUCCCGGACCGCUAUAUCCACUUAAUCGCCAUUUUCCGCCCCAACUUUUUCCCGUGUAUUCCUCCAGGUGUGCGUUAACGACGGUUGCGGAGGCCCACGCUACGUUUCGUCCGUAAGGUUAGUACUGUAACGUGUGGCUGUGCGUAGCUGAUGUUGAUGUCGUUCUGCAUUUAAGGCUAACAAUGGUUUUCUAACAUGUAAUUUCGUUCAACCAUUAAGGUGCACGCCUUUUUUCUGCCCUACAGCGUGGAUCACAUUUGUUCAUGGCUACAGCGGUUCAGGAAGGUAUUCCGGCAACCUAACCAUGUGCGUGCAGGAUUUCGGCGUGCAAGUCAAUCUAUUUAUCCUCUUUUGCCUGCACAUGCCACUCUCAGCGCAGGUGUGUAUUUAAUGAGCUAUUUUGCUUUAUGACCAAUAUUGUUUGUUUCCGCCACAGGGAUUAUCUUCAGUCUUUCUGCCAAGUGCAUGGAAGUGCUAGUUGCUUCUGCUGGUAUUACGCCGCCUUUGAUUACAAGUUUUACCAGUUGUUAAAUUGUGGAGGUGCAUAUCGUCUUAAGACGUCUAGCGCGUGUUUUGUUUGUAAAGUUGUUUGUCAUAAAAUUUCGACAGGCGAAUUGUGUUUUACUUCUGUACUCGCCUUGAGAUUUCCCUGCGAACAGAUUUGCUUCGCACCAUCGUCUUGCCUUCCCAUCUGCCUCGCGCACUCCCCUCUUCCUUACCUUCACCUCUCUGCUCAUCCCCGCACGGCAUGGCGCGCAACUUGUAGCGGGGAGGGGGGACCAUUUUGCUCUAGUCGUCACGCGAAAAUCCUUGUAUCGGACCGCACCGCGUGAAAGCUCAGGAUUGGUGCACGAGCCGUCUGACGCGCCCAUUGGUUGUUCGAUCUUGGAUCGUAUAAAGCGGUCUCAAAUGGCUACUCUUGGCACCCAUCAUCGGAAUCGUCAUUUGCUCUUCCGGGCUACAGUAGCUCUCCAGACUCUCAGCGCAGCACCUUCAGUCCCACGAUUAAUUGGUGCUUCCAGACACUUCUAGCGCUGAGCGCCGAUUGAUCUUAUCUAAUCUAUCGCACGAUACUCGUCUGAGCUACGAGCCCUGAGCGCUUAUUCGCGUCUUGUUUGAACUGUUUAAACGCGCGCUUGUACAGCUCAGUAUCUUCGGAGAUAUUUUAGACCGUGGCGACUAUGCACGCCGCGUAUCCCGCCGCGCCUCAGCCAGGAGCGUAUCCCUGCCAGCAGCCGACGAACGGCGCUCCUCUUCCCCCACCUUACGUGGCGCCUCAAGUGCAAGUUCCCACGCAACCCUACGCGGUGGUGGGGCCGCAGUACUGCUUGCCGUACGAGACUGUGCUUGUAAUGAAGGAGAAGAUGUUCUCGAUCAGGGAUAAGAAGGAGGUCCGGGAUACAAACGGGAACCUACACUUUAAGGUUGCAGACAGGCUCCUAUCCAUUCCCGCCAAAACCACGAUUCAGGACGCCACAGGCGCACCCGUGUGCAUGCUAGUGAGCAAGAUGCUCACUCUGCACAGCACCACUUUCCUCUGCCCGGGGAACAGCGGAGCCACGGGAAAUUACUUGUUUAAAGCCAAGAAAUCGAUCUUCACCUUCUGCCCCAUUCUCAAGGUGUUCCUACGUGGGAAUGAUACAAAGAACCCUGAUAUUCUCUUGAGCGGCUCUUUUUUUCAACAUGACUUCAGGAUUCACACCAGCAACGGCAUGCUAUUGGCUGAAGUGAAGCGUGAUCUGUUCACUGCACGCGACCUAGUGUUUGACACCCAGACAUACUACGUGCGAGUUAUGCCGAAUGCCGAUAUGGCGUUGGUUCUUGCUCUCGUCACCCUGGCCGACACCAUCUUUGUUGACAAUGAAGGCUCCGGUGUUGAUGUUGGUUAUACAUGUUAGAAUAAUGCAAUGAGUAGAAACAAGAGAGAACAAGCAAGGUAUAGGGUUGGGUUGUAUUCUCUAAGAACAUACACAUAUCUAGCCUAUAACUUCUACAUACUAAGAGUGUGUUCCUACGAGCCUCUUCCCAGGCAAUCUCUUCCCAAACUAGCACAUCUUGUUCAAUUAUA